GUCAGCGUGCUGUACAGAUAAACAACACGCAACUCAGGAGUUUUGGCAGGACAGAGAGCCGGGCUGAGAUUCCACACAAAGUCAUAGUUAGUUAAUUAGUUUACGUCCAUCUAAUGAUCAUGGCGUCUCUGUUUAAGAAGAAGACUGUAGACGUGAUGUUACAUCAACUUCAUAUCAUUGUACGGGACUAGAGCCCUGGCAUGGACUAUAUCAUUAAAGAGCAGACAAAAGAUCUGAGAGGCACACAGAGACAAAUCAGCAGAGACCGUGCUGCUUUGGAGAAACAAGAGAAGCAAAUGGAAAUGGAGAUUAGGAAAAUGGCCAAGGCUGGAAACCGAGAUGCAUGCAAGAUCCUGGCCAAGCAGCUGGUCCAGCUGAGGAAGCAGAAGAACCGAACCUACUCUGUGAGCUCUAAAGUGACCUCUAUGUCCACACAGACCAAGGUCAUGAACUCUCAAAUGAAAAUGGCUGGAGCUAUGUCUGCUACAGCCAAGACUAUGCAGGCUGUCAAUAAAAAAAUGGACCCAAAGAAGACUUUGCAGACAAUGCAGGACUUCCAAAAAGAAAACCUUAAAAUGGGAAUGACUGAAGAUAUGAUUAAUGAUACGCUGGAUGAAAUCUUUAUUGAGUCUGGUGAUGAAGAGGAAUCUCAAGACAUUGUGAACCAGGUGCUGGAUGAAAUUGGAAUUGAAAUUUCUGGAAAGAUGGUGAGAGCCCCCUCAGCUGGAAAGAAUCUCCCCAGUGCAUCAAAGACCAAAGCUGCUACUAUUUCCGACGAGGACAUUGAGAGGCAGCUGAAGGCCCUGGGAAUGAAUUGAACUUCUUUGCACUCUACACCUGUGCUCUCAGAGCCAAAGCAAAGGGCUUAUCCUAAGACACAUACACACAGAACAUGACUACUGGCUGUGGAUACGUAGGGAUACAGGGCUAGCUGCUAAAUCAAUGAUGAAUAACAGUAUAAAUGAUGUAGUUUGCAAGGUUUGCUGUACAUGUAUAAAGUGGUUUGGGGGUGAGUAAAUGAAUGGGUCUUGCAAAGAUGGUCUCAGAAAGAAAAGCCCUUUAUCUUGUAUAAGACAAAAAAGUAAUUUGCCUGUCAAUAUACUGAAUUAUCAGUAUUUUUAUUCAGUCAUCUAGCACAAAUUUGUAUAAUAAGCUACAAAAUGGUGUUAUCAUAUAACAAAGGUUUGGAAAAGACCACAACAAAACUCCAUCUUCAUACUAGUUAUCUUACAAUAAAUCCACAUACAGUAUUACCCAUUACACCAUAGAAAGAGAGUGAAAGCCUCUCACAACUCCCUACUAUUCAACAUCUCAUUCCCAGGUUAGAGAAUAUAUUAUAAAGGACUUCAGCAGAUCACAGAGUUCUCACCCUUUUUUUUACAUUUCAAUCCAUCUUUUUGUGACUUAGAUAAGGGCAUGUUUUGCACUCCCAAAAUUGAGGCAUUAUGAUUUUAGUUGAUAGAAUAUUAACUUUCUGGUAAAGUGUUUAUACGAGUGCUGUUUUGUACUUUUGCAGAUAUGAGAUGCUCAUUUUCCAGUUUUUUCAUCUGUGUAGGUUCACUACUACCAUGACUAUUGGAAGUAAGUUUAAGCGAAAGCUUUGUUCUUACAAUGUAGUAAGUGGCUUUGAUAUGCACUUGGUAAGGAUUUGGUAAGCAUUUUAUUUGCUCAUUGAAAGAUCUUGCAUCGAAAUUGGCCAAAUGGCAUUAUGAUGAAAUGCUCUUCAUUACUGAAUUAAUUUGGAAAGCUAGUUGAUGCAUUGUGGUAAUUAACGUAAUAAAUACUGUAAUUUAGAUAUGACUGCACUAGGAUAUACAAGUGAUCCUGUCAGCAAGAGUAACUCAAUUAGCUCUAUAUUAGCUCCACUAAGAAGUCUUUAAUUGGAUGCAGACACACAGGUGUUGAGGAAACACAAAAUCGUAGUGUCAGCUACAGAUAAUUAUGUGGUCAAGUGUUUGCUGAUGAACACUGGGUUUCAGGCAUCAUUAUCACAACAUUGUCCACACGUGCAGGCUAAUUAUACUAAAGGUCUUAUGGUGACUUGAGAAUUCCCCUGUCAUGGUCAAAUUAGAGCCGUGUCUUCUGAUAAGCAAAAGAACAUUGCCAGGAUGGAAGUCAGUGUUACUGCAGUGGUUCUCAUGUUAAUGAGUGAAUACAUCAUUAGCUUAAGGACAUUUACAUUUAAAUCAUACUGUGUCUACUGAAUUAAACAACUUUAAUUGUAAAGUAUGCAAAAGUCAUUAAACUCUGGUGUAGUUUUUGUAGCAUUUGGAAAAGCUAUACAGUACAUCUUUCAUUUCUUUUUUACUAUUUCAAUACUAUACUAUUUAUAAUCUUUGAUUAUCAGUAUGUUUUAAUUUAAUGUUUAUUGUUUAGGUUUUUUUUUUUAAUCUAACGUUAAAUGUAUGUGAAUAA